AUGGCUGUCACAGCAACUGCUACACGUUCUACAUAUGACUGCAUACUUCACUGUUUGUCAAUGAACGAUGUUGCAGUUAUUGCAUUGCCACCCAAUAGGAGUAACAUCCAGUACUCAGUGCAGACCAUGACGACAAUUGAGGACUUCAGUGCUACCAUGUCAAGCCAACUUAUGAAGGAAGGCACUGAUAUGGUGAAGACAGUGGUAUUUUGUCGGAAAUACCUUGACUGCACAAUGCUGUAUUUCAGUCUGAAGAGGAAGUUAGGCAAGUACCUGACACAACCAGUUGGGGCUCCAAACCUACAGGAGUUUCGUCUAGUUGACCUGUACACGAGUGCAUCAACAGUAGAAAUGAGGGAGAAAUUACUAACAACAUUUGCUAGGGCGGAAAGUACACUGAGGCUAUUGAUAGCAACAACAGCAUUUGGAAUGGGAGUGGACUGCAAAGACAUUUAUAGAGUUUUUCACUGGAGCCCUCCCAGAGAGAUUGAAGAAUAUGUACAGGAGACAGGGCGUGCCGGGCGUGAUGGGCAUAGGUCCCAAGCCAUCUUAAUAUAUGGCAACGUACACAAAACCGUUUCAUCAAGAAUGAAAGACUAUGGAGAGAAUAGUGUUUGCUGUCGCAGAGAAAUGCUUUUUUCUGACUUUAUGUUUAGUGUAGACAAGGACCCAGUUGCAGGAUGCCAGUGCUGUGAUGUUUGUGCAAUGGUUUGUAGACAUGAAGAGUGUUCUUAA